UUCCCUGUGAGCUGGGUUUAGCAGCAACUUCCUUCAGAAAGGCUUUAGCUACAAGUCCUUUAUAUAAAUCCUUUAUAUAAAGGGCUGCACUUUGCUCCAGAUUCCCAUGACUACAGACCAAAGGUCACCAUCAGUCUGUGAUCACCGGUGCUGCUUGAUCUAUUAAAACUGCCCUGAGAAGAGCUGAUACAUCGGUGAACACCCACCAAACACCUGUUGCUCUGUUGCCAGGCAUCCUUCUGAAGGGUGCAGCAUGACAGAGCUCCACGAAGCUGUGGCUCUGGGGGACUACGACCUGGUGGAGAAGAUUCUGAAGGCAGGACGCUGCGACCCAAACCACAAGGAUGUCGACUGGCACGACAGGACCCCACUGCACUGGGCUGCUGCCAAAGGGCGGUCGGAUCUGGUCAAGCUCCUCGUGGAUCACGGCGCCCGGCACUGCCUGCGGAGCGACGUGGGCUGGACCGCGGCUCACUUUGCCGCCGAGUCGGGGAGGCUGAGGGUGCUCCGCACCCUCCAUUCCCUGCACGCUGCCAUGGAUGCAGCAGACCUCUUUGGCGACACUCCCAAGAGGCUUGCGGAAAUCUACGGUCACCAGGAGUGCUCCAAGUUCUUGGAAAAGUGAGUAGCGACGGCAGGUCCCACUGCGGCAGUGGAUGGGGCUCCAGCAGUGAAAAUUAAACAAACUUUCUUAUAAAGGAACAGAAUAAACACAGGGUGUUACUUAUCUGUCC